AUGGCGUCCGACUCUAUGCCACCAGACUUUUACGUCAAAGCCCUUCAAUUCACCAAGAAAGUCUACAGGGAUGAAUACCCAGCCAUCAAACCAGAGAACCCUGAGCUCUCGCUCGCCGGCAAGGUCGUGAUAAUCACCGGCGCGAGCCGCGGCAUCGGUGGUCGAGGAAUCGUACCGGCAUUCGCCAGAGCCGGAGCCAAAGCUCUCAUUCUCGUGGCCCGGGACGAGAAGAAGCUCACCGAAGUCGCUGCCGAGGUCAAGGAACUCAACGCCAACGUCAAAACGCUCGUCUACCCCGUCAACAUGGCAGACGAAGCGGGUAUCAAGGGCCUCUUUGAGAAAGUGAACGCUACGUACGGCCACGCCGACAUCUUGGUCAACAACGCCGCCGUGCAGAACUCGCUCGACCUCAUCACAGAGAGCGACCCAAAACUCUGGAUCGAAGACCUCACCACCAACAUCAGCGGAACCUUCUACCCAACCUUCCACUUCCUCAAAUCCGUCCCCGUAACCUCGCACGCCCACAUCAUCAACAUCACCACGAUAAACCACUGGGUCGUGCCCACCAUGAGCUCCUACAUCAUCGCCAAGCUCGCGACGCAGCAGCUCAACGCCUACGUCACCGCCGAGAACCCGGACAACGUCACCACCGUCUCGGUGCACCCGGGCAUGGUCCACACCGACAUGACCAUGGACCGGUUCCGCCCCUUUGCGCACGAUACCCCCGCGCUCGUGGGCGGAACGGUCGUCUGGUUGUGUUCGGACAAGGCGCGAUUCCUGAGUGGGAGGUUUGUUGCGACGAAUUGGGAUGUUGAGGAGUUGGUGGAGAGGAAGGGGGAGAUUGAGGAGAAGAGGUUGUUGCAGGUUGAUUUGAAUGGUCAGUUUGGGGCGCAACAGUUCGAAUAA